ACUCUGCCUUACUGCUGAACGCAACACUCCGCGCAGCCGGCCUGCGCCUCCACACGCACAACCCCGAUCCUUCCGGACCCGGAUUCAGCGUUCCCAUCCCUCGGCUCCGCCUGGCUGAGCCAGAGCUCUUCACCACCGCACUUAAAGCCUGGCACCUUGAUGGAAACAGAUGUUGAUGGUGGUCCGAGAUAUUUGUGGAGGUUAAAAGAUUUGAACUCCAGCUGAAUAAAACAAGGGCUAAACAUUGAAGGAUGGCAGCAAAUCCUUCAGGACAAGGUUUCCAGAAUAAAAAUAGGGUUGCAAUCCUGGCAGAACUAGACAAGGAGAAGAGAAAGUUACUUAUGCAAAACCAGUCUUCCACAAAUCACCCUGGAGCCAGCAUUGCACUUGCAAGAUCACCUCUGAAUAAGGAUUUCCGUGAUCAUGCUGAGCAACAGCACAUUGCAGCACAGCAGAAGGCUGCACUGCAGCAUGCACAUGCACACUCCUCAGGAUACUUCAUAACUCAAGACUCUGCAUUUGGGAAUCUUAUUCUUCCUGUGUUACCUCGACUUGAGGCAGAAUGAGGAAUUUUGUUUGUCUCAGUAAUUCAAGAUCUGAUUUAUCCAUAGCAGGAGCUGUCUGACCUUUUAAUUUCUUUAUGUAUCUCAAAACCUACUUUUUUCUGGGUUUUUGCAAAUGCCAUACAGGAGUGUGAGCUCUAGUGAUGGGGAAGUAGUGUUGAAAAUUUUUUAUCCUGUAUUUCUGUUCCUCUGUCAGGUCAAAGUCAAAUGCAAGACUUUCCUUGGAGUUGAAGUACACGGGGUUUGCUCUUCCGUGUUUCAGUGCUUCCUUUAAAUAAAUGUCCAAACCAGAGUCACCAAGAGAUGCACAAUCUGUCAGCAUUUGUGUUUAUUAUGUAGAGGUAUGAUUUUUGUAAUGAAUAAUGAAAAUUAUUUCUGUCCAUCAAAACAGACACGAAUUUGUCUAAUGCAUCAGCCAGUCUUCCUCCCCACCCUCUCCUAUGCAGGAACAUUUCUAGUGUACUGUUUGCCAUUGUAGCAUCAUCUGGUCUCAAGUCCUUAGUUAUAGUGUGCCUGCCUCUUACCUUGUUUUGUGAAAUAUGAAAAUGUAUUAAAGUGGGGAAAAAAGCAAACUUUUCCAAUAGUCUUUUUACAGACAAAAAGUCAAAAGUUCUCUGGACAUUUCAGAUGGAAAGUGCUGUCUGCAAAGACAAUUCCAUUUAAAAGGUCAAAUUUUUCUAGUCAUGCCUUCUUCAAGACUCACUGUCUUAUUUUUGUUCACUUUUUGCUUUGGUGUUCUAAUCUGUGGUAAACAAUUCCAGCAUCUUGCUGAAAGAAGAUCUGUUGAUCUUAAGGUGAAUUAUUUUGGAACUGUGAUUGUGCUACCAGGAUAAAGUAACGUAAGAGUGAAAAAUAGUCCUUACAUAGACUAUUGUAUUUCUCCAUAGUUUUGCUUAUACAGUUAUGCUGCUACAUUGAUUGCUUUGCCUACGGAGGCAAGUUCUAGAAAGCAGAAAAGAACAGGAAAACUUACAUGAGAAUGGUAAAUCAGAAGGUAUCUGUUAAACUGGUGCCCAAUUGAAGCAGCUCUGUCCUUUGCAGAAACUUAGCUGUCCCACUUUCCGGAAGUUUCCAGGAUUGUAGUUGGCAUUUCCUUUGGGGAAUCUAGGGUAUUCUGUUUACCCAAAAAGCACUACUGAACUAUCUUCAUAUUUCACUGUUAAUAUUUGCAGUAAUCAUGAAUAUAGAACAAUUACCAAGAGAUGGGUGAAGGUAUGAGGAAAAUGCCACUGCUUUCAUAUACCUCAGCUGAGUACAGGCCUUUGCAGAAACUGGAGCAUACUGAAACAUUUUCAGGAAGGAGGAUCUUCUGGACCCAGCCUGAUAGAGCUUAAAGAUGUGCAAUUUUAACAAGAACUAUUCAUACCAUAUGCUUUUUUUUCUGGAUUCUGAUGUGAUGAGUCACGGGAAUGAUGGCGGUUUUUGUGGGCAGUGGAGAAAGAAGUCACUUCUAUUUUCAGUGGUUGGCUCUGUGUAGCUUUUUAAAUACCAAAAGUGCAUAUGAAAUUACCAUA